AUGAAGAAUCCAGGGCCGAUCCUGCCAACUAAGGCCUCCGGAAGGGCCAUGAAGUUUGCUACGACUAAGGAGGAUACGGCGCGGGAGCAGGUGCAGGAAGAUUUGGUGUCCCUCGUCGCACGGAAUUACAUGAAGUCUUCGUACACAAACAUGACGCUUAUAAAUCACCGCGGCGUCGGGUGCGAGGUGGAUAAGGACGACCUCAUGUCGAUCAAAGAUGAUCAGUGGAUCACUGAUGGUGUGCUAGACUUUCACAACGUGCUGCUUAGCAUCCGGAAGCCGACUCUCCGUGACGGGAAAACAUGGGCUGCCUUGGACUGCAAGGCGUACUUCCAGACGAACUCGUGUGGUGCGCCUUUGACGCUGGGGAACGGGCUUCCUCUACUGCAGCACGACUAUCUCGCGAUCCCUGUGCUAGAGGGGCGCAAGGAGGUGGUGUCCGCUGCAACCCAACUACUGAUGCAAGGCAACCUCGUGAGAUACGGCGCGAAAGCAGAGGCAGGUGGCACCAAGAAUGCCCCAUACACUCCACAGCGUCCAUCCGGGCGCAAAAGGCUUGUUGACAGCAGUCCAGAGGAGGAUGUCGUACGCAAUGCCACCCGUGUUGCGCUGGCCUCCUCGUUCGCUGCAUGUGAUCCGACAGCGCGCUUGCUGCAAAACCCGCUGCUGACAAGAGGGACCAUACCUCACUGGAUGUUCACCCGCGGGAGACCGCUGCUCGGGGUGACGGUGCCGGCUGGAGCUGAUGCGUGGGGAGAUACGAGCGGCCACGAGACGGUGAAGGCAGAAGAAGAGGAGGAUCUCGUGUCAGACACGGAGGACGAAGAGGAUGGUGACGACACGUGUGCAAUGAAGUACACAGGAGUGAAGUUGGAGAAAGCAUCAGGCAAGUUCGGCGUGAAGAUCCUGAUCAAAGAAGGAGGAAAGCGUAGGCAACAGCGGCUGGGUGCAUACACAUCGGAGGAGGAGGCGGCGUAUGCGUAUGCCGCAGGUGCGUUCGUCCUGAGGCCACGAGACAAGAUACCCAACACGGUCAGUCUGUUAGCCGCAGAGAAGGCGAUGCUGCGUGGAUGCACCAAGGAAGAUCUGCAGCUCCUGGUGGAAGCGCGGAAGUGGUGGAGGUGGCGGAGCUGGCGGGAGGCGAGGGAGGGCGUGAACUGGAAGAUGAAACGAGGGAGGGAGCGAGUGGUUGCCACGCGCACGUCAAAGAGGCAGAGGGUGGUGGAUAGAAACAAGGCGGCCAACGAACCAGACGACCCUGACAAUGUUGAGAGUGGGGGAACGGCCCCUGUGCACAACGGUAGCAGCGGGUGUGCUCGGCACAAGGAAGCGGAGGAGGGUGUCGAAGAGUCUGCUGCACAUGAGAUGUUGGCAGAACAUCGUGCGUAG